AACAGUUACUAAAUUGUCGAUGCUGUGUGUGGCAGAGAGCAACUUCUCACAGAGGAUCGGGGUGUGGCGGAUUUGAAAACACUGAAAUAAAUCAGAGACCGCUCAGCAUUAGCUGCCUAACGGUGCAUAUUCUAAACCACUGGCGAUAUCAUUUACAGGACUAAAGGACGAAAGCAAGGGACGAAAAGGAUUUUGGCAUUUUUGACAUUUUCCCGUCGCCGACUCUACAUAGCUCGCUUUUCUUAUAACUUUUUUGGUCAAACUUUUUUGGAUUAGUGGACAUUGUUUUAUCGAGUUCCCCCCUCCUUAUCCGCGUGAUGUUAAACUCUAAAGUCUGGAUUGUACUUUGUUUCUCUUGGGAGCCCUAAACACCAACAGUUUGCCAGUUUCUUGCUGGUUUUCCGAUAUUAACCAUUUUUCGACCCUCAACGCCUUGUCAAGGGUUAUUUGGACGUAUUUAAACAACAGCGUUGGCUCUAGAAUUGUCUUAAAAACAUUUCCCCUAUUUGAUUUGCGACAUCAAAGCCAAAAGAGGAAGUUAUUCGAGGCCGUUAGUCACGGAAGACUAUUUAACAAAAAUCUCCACACGCUUCAGAAGGUGUAUACCUUAUUAUUUUUUCUCCUGAAGCUAUAAUCAUAAAUCUGUAGCCCUGAAGCGCGCAUUGGGAACCAUGGGCUGUACCGUGAGCCAGGAAGAUAAAGCCGCGGCCGAGCGAUCCAAAAUGAUUGACAGGAAUCUGCGCGAGGACGGAGAGAAAGCCGCCAAAGAAGUAAAGCUGCUGCUGCUGGGUGCUGGAGAAUCGGGGAAGAGUACCAUCGUAAAACAGAUGAAGAUUAUCCAUGAGGACGGCUACUCGGAGGAGGAGUGCAAGCAGUAUCGAGCCGUGGUCUACAGUAACACCAUCCAGUCCAUCAUGGCUAUCAUCAAAGCCAUGAGCAACCUCAAGAUCGAAUAUGAGGACAGCUCAAGAGCUGAUGAUUCCCGUCAGUUGUUUGCCCUGGCCGGGACGGCAGAGGAACAGGGCUCUCUGCCAGACGACCUGUCCAAUGUCAUUACCAGACUGUGGGCUGAUGGAGGGGUACAGACCUGCUUCACCCGGGCCAGAGAGUACCAGCUGAAUGACUCUGCCGCAUAUUAUCUGAAUGAUAUGGAGAGGAUAGCUAAAGCCGACUACAUCCCAACCCAGCAAGACGUGCUAAGGACCCGAGUGAAGACCACUGGCAUCGUGGAGACACAUUUCACCUUCAAGGAUCUUCAUUUCAAGAUGUUUGAUGUUGGCGGUCAGCGUUCAGAGAGAAAGAAGUGGAUCCACUGUUUUGAAGGGGUGACGGCCAUCAUCUUUUGUGUGGCCAUGAGCGCGUAUGAUCUAGUACUGGCUGAGGAUGAGGAGAUGAACCGAAUGCAUGAGAGUAUGAAGCUGUUCGACAGCAUCUGCAACAACAAAUGGUUCACGGAGACCUCCAUCAUUCUGUUUCUCAACAAGAAAGAUCUGUUUGAGCAGAAGAUCUUACGCAGCCCCAUGACCAUCUGCUUUCCCGAGUAUGCAGGUGCCAACAACUACGACGAAGCCUCAGAGUACAUCCGCACCAAGUUUGAGGACCUGAACAAAAAGAAGGAAACCAAGGAGAUUUACCCUCACUUCACCUGUGCCACCGACACCAAGAACGUGCAGUUCGUUUUCGACGCCGUCACUGACGUCAUCAUCAAGAACAACCUGAAGGACUGCGGGCUCUUCUAGAUGCCAAAAGCAAGAGGAUGAGUCAAGAUUACUUGAAAAGUUUUGAUGAGCAGAGGAAGCGGAAGACGUCCUGAGCAUCUACACUGGCCAAUCACGACGUCUCCUUCCACCUGACGACCGAUAGCUCAGAGGAGCCCGACACAAUUUCAAUUAUUGCCAACGACUUUAGCCCCACCCCAACACUGUCUCUGCAUUGUUUGGCAUUUAAUAUCUGUAUUAUUAACUCCUUGGGCUGUGACCACAAAUCAACUGUUGUAUUUCCAUUGUCAAUAUUUGUUGUUUAUUUUCAUUCCUUCCUUUGUUUGUGUUUUGUUCUGAAUAAUACGCGAGGAAACGUUUUUAUAUUCUUUCAUUUUACUCUAGGGAAUCUGAUGUUCAAAUUUUCUUAAACUUUUAAUUGCGUAACGCUUAUUUUUUUAAGAAAUCAGCAGGCGUUGGAUAUAGAGUAUGAUCGAAAAGGAAAGCGCUUUUACACGAUGUUUACACGACGUCCUCGUUCAUAGCAAACCGGCUAAUUGUCCUGCAUGAUAGAUAGCAGACAUUAUCAGCACAAGUAAUCAGUUCACUUCAGCGUAACAUUCCUUAUUAAAAUUAAGUUGAAAAAAUAUACAAAAAAGCAACAAAAAAAAGCUUCACAUGGGGAAAGAAUUGCUAAAAUAUAACUGAUAUUUAAAGUAUGUACGUAACAGUAUCUAACCAUCUUUUUCAUCUCUAUCUUCUCGUACCUCUUUCUAGCUUUCUGUUUGUGCCUUGACUUCCGUUUACAAUGGACUUUUUUUCUUCCCCGAUUGUCCUACUGUACGUAAACAUUUCUGCUCCAGAACUUUCGCACCAUGUAAGAUUAAAUAGUGAUUAUUAAUGAAAAUCUAAUUGAGUUAAAGGGUAGUGUUUUUUUUUUUUUGGUAAAGAUUAAAAUUGAAAGUCCUAUAUAAUGAUUUAAUUUAAAUAAAAGUUCAUUCACUAGA